UAUCGUAACCUACUGUAAAAGGUUUGAUCUUAAAAUUACUUAUCCUCUCGUAAGAAUAAAAACUACUUACUCUAUAAAUCUAAGCCACAAGAAACCUCGAGAAGCUGAGAAAUGAUCAACGCGUUUAAGACCAUCCGAUCACUACCCUCGAAUACCGUCGCUUUCUUCUCGCCACCGUCUCGAUUAGGCCGCAAAGUCACUCGAGUUAGUUUCGCCACCGCUCCUGAUCAGCAAAAGAUGGAUAAAAAGCCUGAAACUCCAAACGAGAAAACCGGUGACGUGAUGUCGCAUUCGUUUGGAGAAGGGUACGCGACGAGGUCUGAUGAAGAAGGGGUUGGAGGAACCUAUGGAGGAAAGCAAACUCUUCAAAAGGAUAACGAGGUCCAUGAGAAUCACCCUGAUUAUGACAAAACUCAAGGUAGUGAAGCGAAGGAGAAGGAGAAAGCAAGAAACCAGACACAAUCUCAUUGCUGAAGAGGAAUUACUUACUUUUCUGUUCUUUUGCUUUAAUAAAUCAGGCUUUUGCUCUGUACUUUGUGUACACUCUGGUUCGAGUUUCGUUUCAUUGACUGCGUUUUUUUGACACGUAAACUUUUUGUCGUGUUUGUUUUUGUCACCCUUGUCACUUAUGUAACACUCGUUGAAUAAGUAGCGUUUUGGUUGAUUAUUGAACUUUUGACUA